UUCAUACAAAUAAUAUCUACGUUACAGUUGGUAUGAAAAGUUACAGUUAGUCUGCGAUAUUCCUGAAAAAUAUAUUAAGAAUAUGUUAUCAAUUCACGUUGCGAAGAUAACAAUUUUGGCAAUAUUUCUCUAUUUGGGAAGUUUCUCUGUUAAUUGUGAUAAGAAAGUACGUUCACCCCCACCGGAGAUCAAUCCAGACGAUUUGAAGUACAAUGGGGAGCCGAUACAAUUUGCAUGCGUUUAUGAUAAAAGACAGGAAGAAUUUCAUGGAGCACGAAGUAACGAUAUGGGAUCGAAACUCGAAUUAAUUGGAUGCUUAGAUAAUGGAAAGGGCCUUUCGCUAUAUUUCCCAGGAUUAACAUCCACUAUAAGCGCAAAAGGAACUGAUUUUUACAAUGCAAAAGGAUGGUUUGAAGCAUCCGAUACAAAUGUUUGCUACAUAACAUAUGCAUACACCGUCCAAAGUUCAAAAGAAACUGCAUCCCCGAUAUUGGAGAUGGUGGGAACGCGUCGAGUAGAAUUCGUUGCCAGAGAAGCGCGAGACUUUGUAAUGAAGCUCAAAAGUGACUCUAGUCUAAAUGGUUCCGUUAAAACGUUGACACAAGUUACCGUGGUUGGACUUCAGUUGGGAGCGCACAUUGGAAGUCUAACUUGUAAAUACUUGGCCAGGAAAAAUAGUGAAAUGGUUGAUAAACUAAUAGGUCUAGACCCAUUCGAAACAUCUUCGUACCUUGAUAAAAGUAUUAUUUUUAGCCGAGCAUAUGCCAACUUUGCGCAAGCUAUUUUUACUACUAAACAUGAGACACCCCUUCGGAGAGAGGCCACUGGAUACCAAGACGUCUACAUAAAGAAUUCCUGUUCACCACACAUUAAGGAAGAAGACUUAAUUGUUGAUAUUCACACAGCCAUUAGUAGAAAACAUAUCAUUGCAUUUGCCGGAAAUGAAUUUGCUAUGGGAUCGAUUCAAGCGGUGAAUGGAGUUGGUUCAAUUAAUAUAAAUCAACAUGGGAAGCCUGCUGUUCCAGGUGAUUAUGAUGCUUCAUUUGGCGUUUAUGCUAGACUACGUCGAGAAAACUAUGGAAAGACUUUUACAUUGGCUGUGACAUGUAGUGUUUACGACACCUUGACACAAGCGCUGCAUACGCAUGCGUCGUUAGAGUACAAGGUCGAUCCAGUGAUAUUUUCAUGCAUUCAUAGCAGCAAUCAAGGCGCCUUUCUUCAAGCCAGAAGCGACGACUUAGGAUCGAAAUUAGAAUUGAUUUCAUGUUUGAAUAAUGGAAAAGAACUUUCACUGUAUUUUUCAUCAAUAACAUCGACUUUCAAAGCACAUGGUCCUGAUUUUGUAAAUGCAAAAGGAUGGUUUGAAGCAUCUAAUACAAAUAUUUGCUAUAUUUCAUAUGCAUACUCAGGCCAAAUUUCAAAAACUUCCAAGAGCCCCAAGAGUUCAAAAAGUUUAAAAAGUUCCAAGAGUUCUACAUCUUCUUUACAAAAGUCACCGUCUUUCCAAAAAAUAAAAACUGUAAUUUUGAAAAAGUCUACCUGGCUCUCUUCUUCUUCUACGGAAAAAAUGGCAGAAGAGCGUCGUAUUGAGUUUGUUGCCAGAGAAGCGGAAAUGUUUGUAACGAAGAUCAAAAAGGAGUGUUUGCAAAAUGGAGGUGUUGGUUCAUUCAAGUCUUUGAAACAGCUAACUGUAGUUGGGCUCAAUUUGGGAGGGCACAUUGGGAGUCUUACUUGUAAAUUCUUGCUCUAUAAAGUUAUUUCAGUUGACGAAAGAGUCAAAAUGUUAAUAGCUCUAGACCCAGUCACUACAUUUCACGAUGAAAAAUUUGUGUUUAGGAGUAGAUUUGCCAAGUAUACACAAAUUAUCUCCACUAUGAAGCCUCGAAAGCCGUUUACACUUCCGUAUUUUCAUCAUUCACCGGUACAUCAUUACGUCCACAUAAAGAAUGAGUGUACACCAAAAAUUAAAUCAGAAAAUUUGAUUGUUGAUAUUAACACAGCGGUCAGUAGAAAACAACUCGUCGCAAUUGCAACGCUUAACGGAACCGGUUCAAUGUAUAACCAAAUAGCUCAGUCAAGCUCGGCUGUUCCAAAAUCAAAUGAAGUUUUAGUUGGCGUAUACAGCGAAUUUCAUGAACGAGACUAUGAUAAAGUUUUUACUUUAUCUGUUCCAUGUGGAAAAUUGGCAACUUUACAACAAGCAUUAGGUCAGAGGUAAGGAAGCAUCAAUGAUAUUGCAAUUUUGUAUCAUGAGUAUAAACCAUCUUUUGUUUUAACUAUAUUGAAAAUAUCUAAUAUAGAAAUAUUUCAAUAAAUGCUUUGAAACAUGCACAGAACAUCAGUUUUAUAUUCCAAUGAUCCAUUUUAAAACUUAAAAUUCAGUUUCUGUAAAAUCGGUUCAGUUCAAUUUGAAAUAGAAAUAAAAUCAAAAAUGAAAUUAUA